GAGACAUGGAUUAUGAAGAAAUUCGUGCUCAGUUUGUGGAUGCUCACUGGGCGACACUCGUUCAGAGGGUGGGCAUUGCGGUGAUGCCAAUAGCAGAUGAGCUUUGGUCAAAUAAAAUGCUGGGAAGCGAGUCAUACAGCAAGAUCAUAGCAGCUGCUACCAACCAGGAGAAAAUGAGAGUGUUGGGUGACGUCUUGCACUCCGGAGGAAACGUUGUUAAAUCUGCUUUUUAUUCUGGACUGGAAAAGCAUGCAGCGUGUCUGCUUAGAGAUCUGAGUGAACUAUUAAUUGAAUGUAUGAACGUAGGAUUACAACAUUAUGUUAAAUGUACAAAUACGUUAAAACCUUUACAGGCAGCAACAUACCAACUGCUGAAUGUCUUGUAGAAAGUUUAGAUGAAUAUAGGAAGUGGAUCCAAAGGGAAAAUAAGUUUGUGAAAGAGUAUAACUCACGGGCUGGUGAAGAUGUGCUGCUGUCUGAGCGCUACAUACAGCCUCUGAUCGUAAUGAGACACAGAGAGAAGAAUGAGAGAACACAAGAGUUGUGCUUUAAGGGAGAGGGUUUCCAACAGUUCAUAAGCUCAGAGAAUCAUACUGAGAAAGCAAACAAUGUCCUGGAUGCUCUUUUCAGUGCAGAUAGUAAGGGAAUCUGUCCUGCUGCUGUCAUUCUUCAGGGAAACUCUGGGAAAGGCAAAUCCUUCACAGCACAAAAGAUCAUGUUGGAUUGGUCAUCUGGAUGUCUCAGCAGAGAAAACUUUGAUUGUGUUUUUCACUUGAAAUGCAAAGAACUGAACCAGAUAUCUGAAGAGCAGAGUUUGGUGGAGAUCUUGAGCAUCAACUCAAAUUUGACACCAGAUCAGAUCCUGCAGAUCUUGCAGAGGUCACCAAAGAGAGUGCUGGUCCUCAUCGAUGGAUUUGAUGAACUCAAAUUUUCAUUUGGCGACGCACCAAUUAAGUUAACAGCAUCUGUAUAUCUGCAUAAAAAAGCUCCAAUUGAGGCUUCUCUGACGGCCCUGUUGCGGGGUUGCCUUUUGCCCGAAUCUUUCCUGCUGGUCACGUCCAGAUCUACAGCCACAGACACUUUGAGCGCUCUGCUUAAGAAACCUCAGCGUUUUACUGAGAUCAUAGGCUUUUCUAAGAGGGAGGUUGAGGGGUAUUUCCAGAAGUUCUUUCAGGAUGAGGAACUCUUCAGGAAUGCUUAUGAGUCUGUAAAGGCAAAUGAAACUCUGUUCACUGCCUGUUCCAGUCCUGUUAUCUGCUUGAUCAUCUCCACAGAUAAACAAAGACUCUGUGAUUGUGCAGAUGUAACAAGCGGUCUGGAAACAACCACAUCCAUUUAUGUUGACUUUGUGUUUAUUCUGCUCAAGCAUCACUGUCAGGGUUUGAGACUGAGUGAAUCUGUCCCGACCCUACUGAAGAGUCUGGGUCAGCUGGCGGAGAGAGGGAUGAUGGAACGACAUUGUUUGUUUGAUGAGAAAAGUGUGACGAAAACGGUUUCAGACACUGCUGGAAGUCUUUUCUUGGUCAAAUUCCUCUUUAAGAAAAGAACCCGGCAAGAGACGAUGUACAGCUUCAUGCAUCUCAGCUUUCAGCAGUUUUUUACUGCUCUGUACUACGUGCUGGAUGAAAAAGAGUUUUGUGGUAAACUAAAAAGGUGGUUCCAAUCUGAAUGGCAUGGAUAUAAUUUUUUACCUGUGGUUCAGUUUCUCUGUGGUCUCUGUAAUAAAGAAGUGAGUGACUCCCUUAAGGAAAUGCACAAUAUAUGUGUCCCACCUUCUGUAAGAGCACAGUUGAAGAAAUGGAUCCUUCACAAUAGCCCAACACGAUUUUCUUUAUGGCACUUGAUUCUUCCAAGCCUCUAUGAGCUUCAUGAGAAGGACUUUGUGCAGAAAGCCAUUGAAGUCUGGCCUGAGAUGGACAUGACAUCGUUUCCUCUGAACAGGACUGACUGCUGGGCAUUGAUGUAUUGCCUGGAGUGUUGUCCUCACUUCAAAACGCUAAAGUUAUGUUUUGCACCAGAUGAGUUAAAGAUGCUUCAGGCCGUGCUGCACAAGGCACCAAAACUAGAGCUGAAUAUCCAAAAUCUUGCAGACACGGAUGUUUCUGAUUUGAUCUCAGCUCUUGGAGAAGGAAAGUUACUAACAGAGUUGCGACUGAUGGGCGAAGGUUUGUCAGAUCAAAGUUUGAUGCAGAUUCUUAAUGGUCUUGGUAAACAGAAGACUGUGGGUGGAGUUCAGAUUGCAGUGAAGAACAUCACAGCUGACACUGUCCUCAUCCUGACAGACUUCAUACAGAACACAGAGAAAUGGGAGGCGAUCAGUUUAUGCACAAGUGUGCUUUGCAGUAAUGCUGAGAGUUUCUGCUCAUCUCUUCAUCUCCUGAACACAGAUGGAAAUCUUGUAUUGCAUGUGGUGAUGUGGUGUUUAAAGCCGCAGAAAGCACCUUCACUGUCUGAAAUCAUUCUGAAAUAUCCAUGCUCAGAAAUGUCUGGUAUGAAUCUGAAGAACUUCUUACAGGCCUUCCAUGAUAUAAACUGCUCAACCGAAGAAAGUGCAGGUUUUGAUCAACAGCUGGAUUCUCUGUUGUCUCAUCUCUCCUCUUUGUCUGGGUUGAGUGUGAUCGUAAUUUCUGCUCCCCUCCUAGCUGAGAAAUGGGCGUCCAGAAUCCUCUUCCUCAUUCAGUCCUGCAGCAGUCUGACAUCACUCAGUUUUAAUGCUGGCUCGUUGAAGGAUAAUGAUGCACCGUGUCUUUUAAUGGAGGAGGGAAUCAGAUUGUUGAAAGAGUUCCCUAAACAUCCCCAGUGUUCUCUUAACAUGAAAAGACACAGAUGUGAACCCAGUAACUGCUGCCGUCAUCCGACUGAUCAGAUCGAACAACUCGACUGCAACCAGAGUGUGAUCAUUGGUAUCAGCAGGGAGAACUGUGCAAAAGAAAUCAGGUCGAGCUGCCGUUUGAUCUGGCACUUUAGAAGCUUCUCGGGCUACAACCACACACUUCAUGCUUUAGGUAUUUGUGCUAUUCGUGGAGUGCAGUUCGAUCGGUGUGUGGUUCCAUCGGGAGUACUUGCAGUCCUCUGACUGUGCUGAUGAAUAGCACGAUGGGAAAGAACAACACAACUUAAUGUUUUUUCAUCUCGCUUGAGUUGUUAUUGAGAAGAAUUACAGAAUAGAACAGGAACAUGUAAACUUUAUAUUAUCGUAAAAUGACUCCAGAUUAUGUUUCUCUGUCAUUUCAUUAGCACCAAUCUUCUUAUUUCUUGACCCAAGUAAUACUGUUUCUGGCGUCAUAUCACAUCACCCAUUUGUUUUUAUAAUCUCACUGUAACUCUACAACCUCCAGGCUCAAAGAAACUCAUAUUUUAAUAAUAAGAAAAAAAUGAAUGGCUGUCUUGGCCAUAUGGUAUUUCUUUCUGGAAACAAAUGUUUUUGUGGUGUUUAUAUAGUUUUAAUGCACACCGGGAGUGUUCAGGUUGAGAUGUCCAUUUUUUUUUACUUUUGAUUAGUUUUUUUUAUAUUAAAAAGGUGUGCAUUAUACCAGACACCUACAUGUCAUCCCCUUGAAAUGCUAUUGAGCUUUAAAUUUUGGUAUAUUUUCUGCAUGAGUCCAUGCUGUAUUGAAAUACAUGGCAAUAUUUACAUAUGAUUUGGCAGUUUACUUAUGUCGAUAUAAAAAAAUCGAUCCCCUGAAGUUUUCUGUUUUUUGGGUAAUGUUUUAUUAAUGUUUAAGGAUCUUUUCCUGAACCCAAACCAAUUACUGUUUGAUUUAUGUAACAUGUAACAUCUAUCAGAAAUCACUACGAAAUCACACAUUUGCUACUCUUUAGAUUCUACAAAAAUGUUCAAAUGUACUGGAUAAAUAAACUUGAUUUAUCCGCUAGAAAUAAUACAUGUGCAUUUCUAUAACUUUUGACUUGACUAGUAACUGUAAGUACAGUGACAGUAGCCUAUAUCUCGAAGUGUUAUUUCCUUUAUGAUGAACACUGAACGUCUCACUGUUGUGCUCUUUAACAAGAUUCGUUAUGUCAGGUUUGUACAUGAGGACUGUUUGUGUCUGAUCUACUGAUCUAGAGUUGACGAAGACAGAUCUCACUGUAAAGCUGCUGAAGUAAAAGAAGAUCCAGAGGU